GUGCAAAUAGGAUUUUCGACAUGUUGUUAAUUAGAAGUUAUUUCCCAUAUGUUUUGAAGGAAUUCGUCAUAGCAACCCUCGAUUGAAUGAACAAAUGUCGGAACGUCAUAGUCGAAUUUGUUUUAUCCCUAUUGACGACCAUGAUCAACGCUUAAUUAUUGUUAUUUAUAGAUUUUUUCUAUUAUGAGCAAUUCAUCAUUAUUGUGUUCUCUUCGUAACGGAGGAGCAAGUGGAUUUCAUCGAAUCUUGGCAAGUUGUUGCCCGGUCGACCUGCUGCGAUCCUGAUUGGUUCUCGAUUGAUGUGCUCGUAAAUAUUUACACAUACGUGUGUGCGCUUCUUGUUGUACGUAUAUGAAAAUACGAGCAAGUGUACGUGUGGAUAAAAUAGUGGUGGCGAUGAUGAUGAUGACAGUUGUCGAGCCAACAAACAACACACACUCAUACACAUUGACAUCAACUGACUGACACACACCAAUACAUACACAUACACACACACAAUCAACAACAACGACGACGACGACAAAGGUUCCCCUCGCAUCCCAGAUUAUUAUUAUUUUGUGUUUUUUUGUUGUUGUUGUUGUUGUGGAGGUCGUCGCAGCAGCGAUGAGCCUUAGGUGUCCGCGUCUCGUUGUUGUCGUCGCGUUCGAGUCCUGCAGUGAAGACAACAAGUUUAAUGGGCAACAGCAAUAGCAGCAAGUCGAGCGUGAGCAAAUCGUACAGUUCGGAGGACGGGAUCCAUCGGGAUCAACAGCACCAUCACCAUCACCACGGAUUCGAUAACAAUCAAAUCAGCCACUCACAGAGGUCCCUCCAAAGUUUGAACAGCUUCACUUCCGGCUUCAGCUUCCGCAGGCAAAACUCCACCAAGAGUGGGAAAGCCAUUGCGAGGACUUACCAGUCUAGCAGAGAUUGUUGGCCCUCUGCGCACAUAGAGUCCAGCUUCCUGCCAGUGUUCCCAGCCCAUUGUCCAACAAGGGACACAGAGUUCAGUUUUCUCGAGGAGGUUGCACAGGGCGCCUUUGGGCAGGUGUACAAAGUCAAGCAGGCUGGUUCUUUGUAUGCACUCAAAGUUCUUUCUAAAUAUAAAGUCUUUAAGGACAACGCCGUCCAGCAAGUGAAAGACGAGGUGCAGAUUCAGAAGGCCUGUGGUCACCACACGUUCGUAGUGAACUGUCCGUUCAAUUGGCAGAGCAAGAAGCGUCUCUACAUUGUUACCGACUUCGUGUCCGGCGGAGAGCUCCAUCAGCUGCUGAAGAAUUGCGCAAUCCUGCCGUUAGCCGUGGUGCAGUUGUACGUGGCCCAGCUGGCGAUAGUCUUAGAUUUCCUACACAACGCGGGCGUGAUUUAUCGUGACUUGAAACCGGAGAAUAUACUGCUUGACAACGAAGGGAAUGUGCAGUUGACUGACUUCGGUUUAUCCAAGUGGUUGCCGUACGGCAACAGGACGAAAACAGUUUGCGGGACACUCAAGUACAUUGCGCCGGAGGUGUUGGCGAAAGAGCCGUACGGACACGCCGUCGACUGGUGGUCUCUGGGAGUCGUGGCCUGCCUGAUGCUGACCGCUCAAGGUGUGGGGGGAUUGUCAGGAUUGUGGAUGGGUUUAAAUUAG